AUGCUGUCCGAUGCGCAGACUGAGCCGGUGUUUCCAAGCCAGCAGCCGCCGCAGGGUCCGCAGAACCCGGCGCAGUUUGUCCAAUGCAGCGUCAAGCCCACGGUGCCCAUGAAGAAAAACGCUAUUACCCAGGAUUACAAAGUCACCAACAAGGUCCUGGGCUCCGGCAUCAAUGGCAAGGUGAUAGAGGUUUUCCGGAAUAAGGACGGCGAGCGCUUUGCCCUCAAGAUGUUGCGUGAUUGUAAAAAGGCACGGCGAGAGGUAGAGCUACACUGGCGGGCGUCACUCUGCACAAACAUCGUACACAUCGUCGACGUAUACGAGAACCUCUACAAGGGGGACAAGUGCCUGCUCAUCAUUAUGGAAUGCAUGGAUGGUGGAGAGCUGUUCAGUCGUAUUCAGGACAGAGGGGACCGGGCCUUUACCGAAAGAGAGGCCUCAGACAUCAUGAAGAAUAUUGGGGAGGCCAUCCAAUUUUUGCAUACCAUGAACAUAGCACACAGAGAUGUCAAGCCGGAGAACCUGUUAUAUACAUCCAAAAGACCCAAUGCUGUCCUUAAACUGGCAGACUUUGGAUUUGCCAAAGAAACUACGCACAAUUCCUUGGCAACCCCUUGCUACACACCCUACUAUGUCGCUCCUGAGGUGCUCGGUCCAGGGAAAUAUGACAAGUCUUGCGACAUGUGGUCAUUGGGUGUCAUCAUGUAUAUCCUACUUUGCGGCUACCCCCCAUUCUACUCCAACCAUGGUUUGGCCAUAUCACCUGGCAUGAAGAAUCGAAUUCAAACAGGGCAGUACGAGUUUCCCAACCCAGAGUGGUCAGAAGUCUCAGAGCAAGCUAAGCAGCUGAUCAGUGCCCUCCUGAAGACUGAGCCAUCCCAGCGCAUGACCAUAACAGAAUUCAUGAACCAUGCCUGGAUUAACCAUUCGAUGGUGGUGCCCCAGACCCCACUCCACACAAGCCGGGUGCUCAAGGAGAUGAACUCCUGGGAGGACCUGAAGGAGCAGAUGACCACCGCCCUGGCCACCUUGAGGUGCGACUUUGGCCAGUUCAAGAUCAAAAGCAUCGAGGACUCUUGCAACCCUCUGCUGACAAAGAGGAGGCAGAAGGCUAAAAGCACGUCGGCUGACACCGAGCCCCCCGACCUAUGAGGGAAUGAGGGGGAACACCACGCAUGCACACACAUAUACACACACCGUACACACACAGUGUGUGCAAAGGAAGCAAUAACCGUCAGUGCGGUGGAGCGGAAAUCAUGGACGCUGGUUAAGCAGUGAGAUGAACUAUAAGACCCGUAUGUAAUGGCAGUAUGUUUCAUUACCAGUUUCAGUUUUAUUAUUCCUCUUAAAUAAUAGCCUGCUUACAGUGAAUGCAGUGCCGCAGCCUGCCACUGCGUUCUGCCCUUUUGAAUGGGGUAUUCGGGAGAUUGUGUCAAGUGAUGGAGAAUUAGAAGGUAAUCAAGUAAAUAGCUUAUUGUUAAAAAGUCUAUUUUCAAAAUGUGUCUCGGGCCGUCAGGCUGGCCAGAGGGCAAACUGUUGCCAUGGUAUUAACCUAAUACUGAACAGUGUGGGAGGGGUUGCUUGACAUAUUUCAUUUAGGGGUGGA